CUGUUAUCCCGGUCGAGGUGGCAAUGGACACACUCCGCAUCGCCACAUUUGAUGAAAAGACAAACGAUGAUGCCUUGAGGACACAGCUGGAUGAGGUUUUUGACCUACGAGAAGCGGCGUAUCUACACAUGGAACGAAGUAAGAACCUGAUCAAAGCUCGAUACGAUCAAGGGGUACGGCCUCGUUCAUUCCAGAUCGGUGAUCUCGUCCUACGACGAGCUGACGCACUAAAGCACACAGGAAAGUUAGAGGCCAAUUGGGAAGGACCAUACAUGGUCACAAAAUGUUUGGCUGGUGGAGGAUAUGAGCUGGCAGACGUAGAAGGAAAACCAUUGCCACGAGCAUGGAAUGUCAUCCAUUUGAAACGCUUCUUCGCGUAAAAAAA